AUGGCGCUCUUCAUCUCCCUGCGUCCCAAGACCUAUACUGCUCGUUAUCCGCAAUGGAUGGUCGGGAGGCCUUUACUUUACAUGUCAUCCGCUCUUGCAUCUCUCGGCGACGCCAUGUUCGGCUAUGGUCAAGGCAGUAUCGCGGCGGCUCAGGUUCAACCCUCUUUUAUCCACCGAAUGUUUGGCAAGGAGGUUACGAUGGCACAAAUCCAAGCUGGCCAGACCGGCGUGGAUCCCUUCCUACAAGCUAUCACCGUCUCUUGUCUCAACCUGACGGCGUUGUUGGCUUCAUUCAUCGCUGCCUACCUCUGUGAUAUUCUUGGCAGGCGCAUGUCCGUCCGUAUCGGAGGCAUCAUGUACUUCAUUGCCGCUCUCAUUCAGGUCUUUGCUCCAAACCUCGGUGCCCUCAUCGCUGGUCGAUGUAUUCAGGGAUUAGGUGUCGGAAUACUCUCAAUGACUGUCCCAAUUUUGCAGUGCGAAAUUGCCCCUGAUCAUGCUCGCGGUCUCUUCGUCGGUAUCGAGUACAUCUGCCUUAACAUCGGUUACGCUGUUUCCGCGUGGGUCGGAUACGGCUUCUACUUCGCCAUGCCUUCUGAGAUCUCAUGGCGUGGCCCUUACAUCGUUCAAGCUGCUGUUGCAGCUGUUCUCAUCGUCUGGACCUUUUUCCUUCCCGAGACACCUCGUUGGCUGGCCCAGAAUGGCUUCCAGAAGGAAGCUUUGGUUACUCUCGCAGACUUGCAUGGCGCUGGAAAUGUCUCAGACCCAAAAAUCCUGGCUACCUAUGCUGAGAUCGUCGGUGCUGUCGAGUUUGAGGAACGCAUGGGUCAAGCCUCCUGGCGUCAACUCUUCACGCAAUACACUCGUCGAUGCGUCGUCGGCAUCACCUGCCAGAUGUUCGCUCAGCUCAACGGGAUUAACGCCAUCUUGUACUUCUUACCAUCUAACCUCACGCGUGCUGGCUUCACGAUCUCCCGCGCUUUGCUCUACUCCGGUGCUUGUGCUCUGAUCUACUGCUCCGGGACUAUUCCGGCGAUGUUUUUGAUCGACAAAUUUGGACGCCGGGUGUUCUUGCUCCUCGGAAGCUGUGCACUGGCUGCGUCGCUUUCUAUUGUCGGUGGUCUCCAAUACUAUGCGGAUAGUCUUCCUGUAGGAGCCGGCCGGCUUCCUGCUGCUGACGCUAUCUUCUUUGGUGUUUGUCUGUACCUAUUCUUCUUCGGUGCCACCUGGGGUCCCGGCCCCUGGCUUCUUGGUGCUGAAAUAUUCCCUCUCCGCGCUCGCGCCAAGGGCAUGUCGCUCAGCACGGGCACCAACUGGCUGUUCAACUUCAUCGUCGCAUUCAUCACCCCCCCACUUUUCGACGCCAUCAAAGCAGGAUACUACUUCGUCCUCGUUGGUUUCUGCAUCAUUUCUCUUGCUGUUGUCUGGUUCAUCUACCCCGAGACCGCACAUCACACCUUGGAGGAGCUCGGUGAGGUGUUCGGCGACAAGGUUAUGGACGAUGAAGGUCCUGCACGCGAGAAGGCUCAGAGAAGUGCGAAUGAGAUUCAACGGGAACGCUCGGGUUUGCCUGCCACCACCGAUUCAGAGGUUACCCUUCAGCCUACCAUGUCCUCUAUCACUCCAAAGGCCAAGGACGAAGCUUCGAUUGUCAUGAAGGAAAGAUCUUCCAUUGUCACGUUGGACUCGCACGUUUAG